CUCCUCCUUGCUUGACACCAGCCAGUUUGUCUUCCUCUGCACAUACCAUCAAGCCCUCUCCUGGUGUACCAGUCUGCGGGAUGAAAAAGUCAAUUUAACACUCUAAUCAUUCAAGACUUAACUUCUUUCAAACUUUGAGCAAUUUUUUCUUGGUGCACUUCUGCAUUGUACUUUUUCAUUCAAUUCGGCGAUUGAUAUUUUUUCCCCAGCACAGAAGUACGAUAUCUCUCCGGCUGAUUUGUGAACGUUGAUGCGGCUUUCUGGCGGAGGGAGCGGCGACAAACGUGCAUGAAGAGGUGAGGAUGCUGCGAUGAAUUUACGAGAGGCACAUGGGGUUUGAAAUAUUUCUGAAUUCUGGCCAGGAAACCGAGGAGGAUAGGAAGGAUAAAACAAAAAGAGAUGGAUGUCCAGUGCAUGUUAUUACAAGCAGCCAAGCAGGAGCCACAGUUGGAAUAUAGUAUACUAUCCUGGGAAACCCCCUGAACUUACUCACACACACACAUACACACACACACACACACACACACACACACAAAAGCAUGCAGACAUUGUCAGUCCGACAAAAGUCUGGACCUUUUAAAUUUCCUCUACGAGUGACUCUUGGAGAUUGUCACAGUCUGCUCUGCCUCUCUCCUGCUGCUGUGGGAUUUUUUUCACUUACUCCACCCUGACUUCUCUCUCCAUCCGGCCACUCCCCCUCAUCAGCCUCCUCACCUCCACCUGGUGCUCCCAGCUGCUCCUCAUCUCCAAUCAAGCCAAUAUUUAAGCAGCAUUCACUCUCGGACUGUUUUCCUGGUUACGACUCGACUCGCCUCUGACCCGGCGAAGAGUUUUUCCUGUGCACUUCCUGGUUGUCGUCUGCCUGUGGCUGUGCAGUGUUCUACUGCUUCAGCUCCGUCGAGAGAGCUCGCCAUUCUUCCAGCUGUCUUCAGAACCUCCUGCCGAGUGAAACAUCUCCUCCGUGUGAGUGCCGUUGGUGUUUAUUGUUCUGACUGUACAUGGAUUCCCAGCCUGUCCUCGUUGAUCCAGCUUCCUGCUCCUACUGGAUUCGUCUGCUCUGCUGCCUGCCUGCCUGAUGCCAACUCUGCUUCCUCCUUGUCCACAAGCCCUGCCUGCCCCUCUUUGGAGUCCCUGCUUUUCCCACAAGCUCCCUGAUGGGAGUAACAGGAGGUGUAUGCUGCCUCUCUCUGUAGCUGCCCUGCCAUUACCAUGAGUUGGAGUUUCCUGACUCGUCUCCUGGAAGAAAUCCACAACCAUUCUACAUUCGUGGGCAAAAUCUGGCUCACCUUCCUCAUUGUUUUCCGCAUCGUGCUGACGGCCGUAGGAGGGGAGUCCAUCUACUACGAUGAGCAGAGCAAAUUUGUGUGCAACUCGGGCCAGCCGGGCUGUGAAAAUGUCUGUUAUGACGCCUUCGCUCCGCUCUCUCAUGUCCGCUUCUGGGUUUUCCAAAUCAUCCUGGUGGCCACGCCUUCGCUCAUGUACCUGGGCUACGCUGUCAACAAAAUUGCUCGUGCGGAGGAGCAGGCAGACAGCGGAGGAGUGACUAGGUUUUCGCGGAGGAAACCCAAGAAACCCUACCUGGGGGGCAGAAAGCAGCAUAGGGGUAUUGAAGAGGCGGAAGACGACCAAGAGGAAGACCCGAUGAUCUAUGAAAUGGCUGAGGUGGAGAGUGAUGGCGGUGCAGCAGGGAAAGGGCACAGUGGUGAUGGGCAAGCAAAGGUCAAGGUUCGUCAUGAUGGACGCCAACGUAUCAAAGAGGAUGGACUGAUGCGUAUUUAUGUCCUUCAGCUCUUGACCCGCUCUGUGCUAGAGGUAGCGUUCUUGUGUGGCCAGUACGCUCUGUAUGGAUUUGCGGUGCCGGCCACCUACGUGUGCUCAGACCUGCCCUGCCCUCACAGCGUGGACUGCUUUGUGUCACGGCCCACUGAGAAAACCAUCUUCCUCCUCAUCAUGUACACAGUCUCCCUGCUCUGUCUGGCUCUCAAUAUAUGGGAAAUGCUUCACCUGGGCAUAGGCACCAUCUGUGAGAUCGUACGCUCCCGCCGGGUGCAGCUCCCCGACGAGGAGCUGUACGGGCUCACAAGGGCACAAGGAGCUCUUAAUGAGGGGGGAAUGAGCGGAGAGGAUUACAGCAGCUACCCUUAUUCUUGGAACGCACCAUCAGCUCCACCUGGGUACAACAUCGCCAUCAAGCCACUUCUGGUAUCUACAGGACACCAGGAGCAGCCACUGCCAAUCACCGAUCUCACUAACGCUAAGAUGGCAUGCCGGCAGAACCACGUGAACAUUGCCCAGGAGGAGCGUCAGCAGUACACCAGUAAUGAUGAUAACCAGUGCAGAGCGGGGAUGGGAGAUGCCCCCAGAGGUGUUCACAAGGACAUCCGUCAGCCUCAGAACAAGCUGGAGGCAGACAACCCAGCCUACAGCCAGACACACAGCCAUAGUAACAACCACAGCAAGCCUCACCGCGAACGUAAACACCGGCAGGCCUCCAAACACACCUCGAGCAAGGCAGAAGCAGACAGAGGCAGCAGCAGCAGUAGCAGCAGCAAAUAUGGGGUCAUUAAAGGUUCGGAGUGGAUCUGAAAUGCAGACUGUGACUUGUGUUUUUGUUCUUUUCAAACAAUGCAAAGCCUUUUGCGACUGACACAGUAUUUACACGUGUGUGUGUGUGUGUGUGUGUGUGUGUUUGUGUGUCCAUAUACUGUUUAUAAACAAAAGACACAGCAAGCAGUUUACAUUCUUUUCAAUUGUUUUCACACCAUAAAGUUACAAUGGGGUAAUAAUAUCAAAACGGCUUUGUAUAUUUUGUUAAUUGGCUUUUGCAGCUGUUGUCAGUGUUUUUGAUUCCCAGUGAAUAUGCAGAAGCCUCCAUGCUGUGACCUAAGGUGCCUUACUUCAGUCAAAGUACUGCUUUCUUUUGACUCUGCAUCAUUGUAACUGUCUCAAAAUGUCCUCAUCACUAUGGACUGAAAACAGAAGCUAAGUCCUGCUGUCUACAUGACCGGUUUCAUUACCAACCAGGAGUUAAGCUUUGAACAUUACUGCUGUUUCUGAAUAUGCAAAAUUACAUCAUUAUUUUCACCAUACCAGAUUUUAUGUGCAUUGUGUUUUUUCCCUGCCAUGCAGAUAAAUGAGUGUGUUUUCAGUUGGUAAUUUUACAGUAUCUCUGAGUAUUCUGGAGAGAGAGGGCGAGAAAAGAGGUUCAUUAAUGUUUUGACAGAUUUAGAAAUAUAUCUGUCAGUAGAAGUUUUUGGCAAAGUAUAAGACUUAACCCUGAUUUUCAAACUGUUGUCAGUGUCUUAUUGUAAAGCUGUUACAUUUUUUAUACAUUUUUGUUUGAAGUUAAUGUUAUCAAGGUCACCAUUACUCCAUUAGUUUGUGUAAUUAACAGGACAAAACAUAAGUGCAUCUGGCCUGUUGUUAUUUUUUUUUUCUAGUCUUGGUAUAAAGAGUUCCUUGUCAUUAAUACAUACUUUUAUUUUUGAGAUUUUCAAAUUGAAAUGUCAUUGUAAGGCUUGUCCUUUGCACUGUGCCAGUGUUUCUUUUGUGAAAAAUAUUUUCAUGAACAAAA